AUGGAUGGCGUUCCAGACGACGUCAACAUCCUGCGGCUGCAGCUAGAGCUGCAGAUGAAGCGGCUAUCAUCGAUAGAGGAGGAGAUGAAGCAGCGGUACGAGAGGCUGCGCGAUGAGGCCGUGCAGCAUGGUAUGAAGAUGCUUGACGAGGAGAAAGCAAGAAGCAACGAGAUGCAUGCCUUGCUGCAAGUUAAGAUCGAGUCCCUCGAGGAGGAGCUGCAGAGGACGCGAAGAAAGCUGGGGAAGAAGUGUUCGGAAUAUGAGGAGCUGUUGGCCAUGGCGAAUGAGUUGGCAGUGGAGCAGGAGGGAGUUCCGACAAGCGACUUGUCAGACCACACGACCAUCUCAGCGGAUAGCCUCAGUGUGGACGAUGACCAUUUCCCCCACCACGUCACGGAUGAAGUGCAGACAAGGGACGGGUCAGUAGCGUCAAACGACGAGCUCUCCAAGGAGAAGUCUCAAGAGCCGAUUACCAAGGAUCGAGUCUGUUGGUACCUGGACGCGUCCCAUCGCAACGUAGCCGAGAUGCUGACCCCUCGAGGCUCCCGCUUUUGCUCGGUACUCGACGGGUCGGAUUCCAGCAAAGAAACGCUGUGGAAGUCGUUGUCGAGUGCUUUCAAGUGGAAUUGA